AUGUUGAGAGGUAAUUCGCCCUCUUUACAUGUGACGACAAAGUACGCGCCAAGCGAGGCAAUAUCAACGUUUAAUACCGCAUCAAAUUAUAGAGAUAGAAUCCCCGAUACCAAGACUGUUGAUGGUCUUUUUGAAAAACUAUUAUCGAUUAGAGUUUUUCCCGAAGAAGCUAUACAAACCUUGAGACAACAGUCAAUCGAGAGGAAGUGGGAGUUGAUUCUACGAGAAAAUGAGACUAAUAGUGCUUUCGAUAUAGCCAAAUUAUCAAGGUCCACGCCUUUCAAACAAUACCAGCAUCAGUUUCAGCUUUUGGAAAAUCAGCAUGCAAAAGACAACAAUACCAUUUCAACUUUCUAUUCGUCGUCGCAUAAUAAUGACUCACUGAGCAUACGCUCACCAGAUAUGUCUCAUUGCGACUCAAGAAAAUCGUCUACUGGUGGGGGUAAUGAGAAAAUAAACGUCCUAAAAGAGGGCUCCCCAGAAUGGUAUGUCUCGCGGAUUAUGGCGGGAAAGCUCACAUUGAAAGAUUUGAAGAAAUUAGAAAAAAGACUUGUUGUAAAUGAUGAGUAUAUCAAUGACCAGUAUGUGACUUGGUUGCAAAAGUUCCUACUUGCUCAAGGAGAAACGGCGCUCGCUGUAAUCUUGUCAAAAAUUGGCAAGAAAAGUAUCAAAUCAAAUGAGGAAUUUGAUAAAGAGUACUUGCUAGUCAAGUGCAUAAAACACAUUAUAAAUCAUGAAAGAAAGGAAACGUACAAGACAUCAGACGACGUUGAUGUGUUGAAAAAUAAAAAGAUCCUUGUUGGUGCAUUACUUGGUGCUAUAAUAUCCCCGAGAAUAACAACAAGAAUACUUGUAACCCAAGUUUUGGCCACCCUUUUGCAUUUUCGUCACAGAGAGGUAUAUCUGGUGAUUAUUAGUCAGUUUAAAUUUCUAGAAAAACAACCGGUUGUGGGCCUGCGAUUUCAGACAUGGCUUUCCACAUUUGAGCUGUCGCUUAUUAAGACUUCAUGGAAUAGUAAGCUUGGAUCUCACUUGAAAAAUUAUAUCACAAUCACCUUGAUCUUUAUCAAUUUCCUAGUAAACUUUGGAGGAUCCUUAAACAGACGACUAGCAAUCAGACAAGAGUUCAACAAUGGUCAUAUACUUAAGAUUUUUGAGAAAAUCAAAGUGUUUGAAGAUGAUAGAAUUGAAGAAGAGUUGAAGUUUUAUGAAACAAAUGCCGUUGAAGAUAGCGAGAGAUGGCUUGAAGAAAGGAGAAAAUUGAGUAUAAAAUCGUUGCCGCAAACUCCAGACCAAGGAGAAGACAAUAUUGAUGAUGACGACAUUUUUGAGGAUAUGAGCCUCACAGAAGAAGGCGAAUCAACUGGAGAAAGAGAAGACACCGUACAAAUUAACAUGGGAUACAAAAAUAAACCAAGUAGUAGCAGUGCCACCACCCCCAACCAUGUACUUGAGUCCCUGAGUCUCAAUUUUGCAGAGAGUUUGGCACGACCGAGAAGCUUAAAUGCCAAACUUGAGAAAGUUUUCUCAAGGCUUGUAGAUAUUGAAAAUUCAUCACCUCCAAACACAAAUGAAGGAGUCCAGAAUGCUGUACUUCUUAUGGAGUGUAUGCUAGAUCAACUAACCAACAGCGGUGUAGUCAAGACGACGCCCGAACAGCUAUCAAACGUGACCAUUCAAAGAUUGAUAGAUGGACUAUCGUCAGAGAUGAUAGCCCGUAAGGCUGUUGCUGAAUCACAAAAAUUAGAAAAACAGGUUAAGAAACUCAAAGAAAUAAAUCGAUCUCUCAAAAGCGCACUAUCAGAUGAGAGACCCAUUGAUAAACAACUAAUAAUACCUAGUGAUUACGAAAAACAAGCACAAAAGAUUGAGCAGCAAAAUAAGCAGAUUUCCUUGCUACAAUUACAGAUUAAGAGAUUGGAAGAUGAAAAGAACAAAAUAUUCCGAAACAGAGCAGUUAAUCACUCCCUUGAUGAUUUGAGCGAGAACAAACUCGACAGUGACAAUACACAUGAAAAGCUUAAUAGAAAGUCAGUCAGUAAGGAAUUAGAAACAAUAAUGAGUCAAGCGACUUAUGGCGAAUUGAACGAUUCCCAUCCUGGUUCUAUUCGUAGACAGCCUACGCCGCCAGGUCUUUUUGCUAAGUCUGGUAGAAGAGAGUACAUUUUGGGAAACUCUAUGAACGAGCAAAUUGAACCAAACGUCCCUCAUGGGUCACUGAUUCGUCUAUCUAAUCAUGAUGGGCAAAAUUUACACCAAAGGUCAACUACUGGUGCUGGAGAAGCAACAACACCAACACCAGUAUUAACAUCACCACAACCGCCACCACCACCACCACCUCCUCCUCCUCCUCCUCCUCCUCCUCCUCCACCGCCUCCAUUACCUUCAUUUAUGGCAAAUACUAAUGAUUUGUCAUCUGCACCACCACCUCCUCCUCCACCACCGCCACCACCGCCUCCGCCUGCUCCUCCUUUUCCCCCUCCUCCUUCUUUAAUGGGAAAGGCACUGCUGCAGAAAUCAUUAGGAGCUACUCCUUUUGUACUGCAAUCACAUUCUCUUGUUCAAAUUUGCGCUAUUAAUGCGUCACAAGACAAUAUCCCUAAUCAGGCCUCCGUGUCUACUCCCAUUCACGGCAAUGAAUUUCUAGCUACAGAUAGUAGUAGAGCUAUGGUGACCUCGUUGCGACCAAAGACCAGACUCAAACAAAUGCACUGGAACAAAAUUCAUGAUGUUGAAAAAACAUUCUGGAUUGAUAUAGAGGAUGACACGUUAUCACACAAACUUGUUGAAAAAGGUGUAUUUGAAGAAGUUGAAAAGGUGUUUACCGCAAAUUCUCUAAACUUGAAAAAAGGCACCCUCAAUAAUGUUAAAGAUGCUCAAGCAUUAUCUGGUAGCAAACUUCCUAAAAUCAGUUUUUUAUCGCGGGAUCUUGCUCAACAAUUUGGUAUCAACUUGCACCAAUUUUCCAAUGUCCCUGAGGAUAAAUUUGUAUCCAAGGUUCUAAGAUGUUCCCCAGAUAUUAUGGAGAAUAUCAGUGUGAUUGAGUUUUUCAAUAGUGAUGCAGUCACAGAAAUCAGUGAGAAUUUAGCCAAAAAGUUUUUACCGUACGCUACAGAUCCCCGAAACAAGAAGAAACCAGAGAAGAAUCCCGAUGAAUUAGAAAGAGCAGAUCGAAUAUUUUUGGAGCUAUGUUUCAAUCUAAGACAUUACUGGAAAGCGCGAUCAAAAGCACUUUUAUUUACACAAACAUACAAGAAAGACGAUCAUGAUUUGAAAGCAAAGUUGAAAGUGGUAGACCGGUGCGUGGUUUGUUUGAAGAAUUGUGAAAGUCUCCGAAAUGUUCUUGGUAUUAUUAAGCUUUUGGGAAAUUUCAUGAAUGAGUACUCAAAGCAAGCUUCUGGGUUUAAAAUUGAAACAUUGCAGAGAUUGAAGUUUAUGAAGGAUGAGCUGAACUCGAUGAGCUUUUUGCAUCAUCUCGAAAGAAUUGUUAGACAAACCUUUCCCGAGUAUUGUUCAUUUGUUGAUGAGUUGAACGAGUUGAACGAAGUGCAAAAUAUUUCUCUUGAACAACUAGAAGUUGACUGUAACGAAAUGACCAAAGCGGUGCAAGUGAUUAAUGACGCUGUUGAAAAGGGCAGGUUGAGCAGAAAAAGCGAUUUGCAUGUUUCGGACCGUAUUUUAGCCGUUAUUGCUGCACCAAUGCAGAACGCUAAAAUCGUGAACACUACUUUGCAGUCUCAUUUGAAAAGAACAAUGUCCGAGAUCAACUUGUUGAUGACUUACUUUGGCGAGAACUCCAAUGAUGUUAAUAGUAAAGACAGCUUUUUUGCGAAAAUCAUGCUAUUUGUUAAUGAGUUUAAAAAGGCGCAUAUGGAAAACAUUCAGAAAGAAGAAGAACAGAAAAUCUACGAGUCAAGAAAGAAAAAGAUUGAGGACAAACUUCUCAGCAAGGAAGCAGCAUCAAUUGAAAGCGGCGAUGAGUCUGAAGAUAAGAACUUUGUCGAUACCGUGGAAGAGUCUUCUGCUGUGAUUGAUUCAUUAUUGGAAAAGCUAAGAGCAAGUACGAUUUCUGAUCGUAGAAUAAAAAGCAAACAAACUAGAUUAAACGCAAUUUUGAAUACAAUGGCAAUGAACAAGAAUAACGCCUUAACCACGAAACCCGUUGACCUUGAUUUAUGUGAAGUCAACGAGUACGAAAGUGUCAGCAACUUGAAAAGAAGACUAACAACAAGAAAAAACCACACAGAAUCCUCCACUAAUACCAACAGUACUAGCACCACAAAAAUUGAUCCUUCAGCCCUGAGAGCUCAGGUAAUGUUGCACCAUCUACGAAGCGAAAAGAAUAUGACCAAUACCUGA